AUGCCUUUUGGUCUGUAUAAUGCUCCAGCCACAUUUCAAAGAUGUAUGCUGUCUAUUUUUUUUGAUAUGAUUGGAAAAUGCAUGGAGAUUUUUAUGGACGAUUUUUCUAUUUUUGGUGAAUCAUUUGAUGAAUGCUUAAAUCAUUUAUAGCAUGUACUUGAGAAAUGCAUAGAGAACAAAUUAGUUUUGAGUUGGGAGAAAUCACAUUUUAUGGUUAAAGAGGGAGUUGUGUUGGGUCAUAUUGUGAGCGAAAGGGGUUUAGAGGUGGAUAGAGCAAAAAUUGAUAUUAUAUCUAAAAUGAAACCUCCAAAUUCAGUAAAACAGAUUAGAUCUUUCUUGGGUCAUGCGGGUUAUUACAGAAAAUUUAUUCAAGAUUUUUCAAAAAUUUCUAAACCUCUCACCAUGCUAUUAUCUAAAGAUGUGCCUUUUAAUUUUGAUGAGAAAUGUUUUGAGUCUUUUUCCGAAAUAAAAAGAUUACUUAUUGAGGCACCCAUUUUACAAGCUCCUGAUUGGUCCCUUCCCUUUGAAAUAAUGUGUGAUGCAUCGAAUUAUGUAGUGGGGGCCGUUCUAAGACAAACAAAAGAGUCAAAACCUAUAGUAAUUUCAUAUGCUAGUAAAACUAUAUCCGAUGUUCAAUUAAAUUAUACCACGACUAAAAAAGAGUUGUUAGUUGUAGUAUUUUCGUUAGAAAGGUUUAGAUCAUAUAUUUUGGGAGCUAAAAUUAUUAUUUUUACUGAUCAUGCAGUAUUAAAAUAUCUGUUAAAUAAGAAAGAUGCAAAGCCACAUUUAUUAAGAUGGAUUUUAUUGUUGCAAGAAUUUGACUUAGAAAUAAAAGAUAAAAAAGGUUUUGAGAAUGUUGUUGCUGACCAUCUUUCUAGAUUAAGUGUUACAAGAAUAAAUGCAGCACCUUUACAAGACGCAUUUCUAGAUGAACAAUUGAUGGCAGCUCAACAUCAACCAUCACCAUGGUAUGCACAUAUUGUUAAUUUUCUGGUUUUUGGAAAAACUCCUAAAUAGUGGGAUAAGAACAGAAAACAUCAUUUCUUUUCUAAGAUUAGAAAUUAUUUUUGACAUGAUCCUAAUUUAUAUUACUUGGGCAAUGAUCAAAUCUUAAGGAGAUGUGUUCCUGAAGAAGAAUAUCAUAGCAUUAUUAACAUGUGCCAUUCAUCUAAUUGUGGAGGACAUUUCUCUAGACGAAAAAUAGCUGCAAAAAUUUUUCAGUGUGGUUUUUAUUGGCCUAUAAUCAUUAGAGAUUCUAUAGAAUUUAGUAGAACAUGUAUUUCAUGCCAAUCUAUAGGUAACAUGAGUAAAAAAGAUGAAAUUUCCAUGAGUAACAUGUUAGUAGUCGAAAUUUUUGAUGUAUGGGGAAUAGAUUUCAUGGGUCCCUUCCCAUCAGCUGAAAAAUAUGAAUAUAUUUUGCUUUCUGUUGAUUAUGUGUCGAAGUGGGUGGAAGCUAUUCCUACUAGAACUAAUGAUCAUAAAAUCGUGAUGAAAUUUAUGCAGGAAAAUAUUUUUUCAAGAUUUGGAUGUCCUAGAGUGAUUAUUAGUGAUGAAGGAACACAUUUUACAAAUAAACAUUUUAGGGAAUUGUUGAAAAAGAAUAGAGUACACCAUAGAGAAAUGGGCAAGCUGAAGUAG